UGACGAUUUACUGACAAACAAACCUCCCGACGCUGAUUCUUGAACCCCGCGAAAACCUCCAACGUUCAAACCUUUGUCACAAACGCGCCAAUCUUUGUUCGAUUUUCAAAAGCAUUUAUCUACCAGGAAGAAGAGGAAAAGGAGGGCAUUAUGACGUCUAAUCCGCUCACUUACGAGGCGUCGGCUGGGGAGACACACAUGCAGGUCUCCUCCGCACUACCCGAUGAGGUUAUCCAAUGUCUCCGGAACGCACGAUUCCUCCACCUCGCAACCUGCACCACCGACCUGCACCCCCACGUCUCCCUCAUGAACUACACCUACCUCGCCUCAACCCCCUUCUCCCCCUCCCCAAUCAUAAUAAUGACCACCAACCCCUCCAGCCGCAAAACGCACAACCUCCUCUCCAACCCCCACGUCUCCCUCCUCGUUCACGACUGGGUAUCCCACCGCCCCCUCCCCACCGCCUCCACCACCACCAGCCCCGAGCCCGAGCAGCCAGCCGCGCACCGCUCCUCCCUCGCCACCCUCCUCCAGAACCUCAAUUCCUCGGCCCUGUCCUCGAUAAGCGCUUCGAUCAACGGGGACGCGAGAGUUGUCGAGAGUGGGACGGAGGAGGAGAAGUGGUUGAGGGAGGCGCAUUUGAGGAAUAAUACGUUUGGGGAGGGGGAGGAGGGGGGGAGAGAGCAGGAUGGCGGGAGGGGAUGUUUUAUUGAGGGGGAGGAGGUGAAGGUUGUGGUGGUGAGGAUUACGGAUGGGAGGGUGGCGGAUUGGAAGGGUGCGGUUAGGGAUUGGAGUUUGGUGCCUAGGGAGAGGUUGGCUAAUGGGGUUUAACUGCUGGGAAAUGGGUUGAGGGUUGCAUUUACUGGUUCUGGAAUGGGAUGGGGGUGUUACAAAUCAUGGAUCUCGGUGUGCGGGGAUCUCGCGCGGUUACGAAGGGCAUGUAUUUAUUGCUCCCUCGUACUAUAUGUAUGUCUGCUUGCUUAGAAAUGGGUACAUACAAACUGAACUGGC